GUAACAAAAGAAAUUAAUAUUUAUCAAGUCACUGAGCUUAAGGACUAGUUUAGAAUUCGCCACGUAAAUGAAAGUUAUUGUGUCUUGAACAGUUCAGCUGAGUCCUUUUCCGUGUAUAUUCGCUUACUGGUGAAAAGUCAGAGAGACGGAAUAAAACUGAGAUGUCCUCGCAAAACUCCAUGAUGGUUUCCGAUUCAAAAGAAAAAUCAGAAAAGAAAACUGAAAGCAUUCGGGCUUUUGAAUUUCUUUACUUUACGCUGAAACUUCAAGGGAUGGUUAUAAUGGAGAACUAUCCCCUACGACAAAAAAUACACGUUGUCACCAAUUAUAUCCUUGUCAAUAUUUGUUACUACUCCACGUUCACCAUCCAGUUGUUUUACGUGAAUGAUCUAAAGGAGUUUUUGGGAAACUUUCCUAUGAACCUCUGUGUGACAGCCUGUUGCAUCAAAUUCUCCGUAAUUCUGAAACUAAGACGCAGCUUCAUCGAGGUCAACAAGAAGCUGGAGCACCUUGACAGUCGACCUAUGACGGAAGCACAAAAGGAUGAACUGAAUAAAGAAAUCAACUUUUGCAGGUUUACUUCAAAGAUUCUUAUCGUGCUAUAUUUGGUGGUGAAUUUAAUGUAUGCCCUCACGGGAGCCCUUUCUCAUGGUACAAGACUUGGCUUCGAAACUUGGUUCCCCUAUGAUUGGAGGAAGUCAGCUUUGCGAUUUUGGAUUUCGUUGUCCAUACAGUCCUCGUUCCAGAUACUAUUGUCCAUGCAAAAUGUAGCAAAUGAUUUCCUUGUGCCCUGGUAUCUGAGUGUGGUGAGCGCGCAUCUGCAGAUUGUUAUGGACCGGUUCGCUAUAAUUCAUCAUGAUCCAGAAAAAACGGAGGAAGAAAGUUUCCAAGACUUUAUACAGUGUCUGGCGGAUCACCGAAGCAUAAUGGACAUCUUCGAAAUAAUUCAAAAUACUCUCUCCUUUACAAUUUUCUUUCAAUUCAUCACAUCAAUUCUGGCAUUCUCAACCUUGGGGGUGAUAUAUUUUAGAUUCUCGCCUCCGUUGGCUGAAACUGUGGCAGUGUUUAUACUGAUGUUAACGGUUAUAACAGAAAUUUUACCAUCUUGUUACUAUUCAGAUAAAUUUAUGGAAAAAACAGAUCAGAUGGACUUUAUGAUCUACUCAUCAAACUGGACCGAUCUAUCACCAAAGUUCCGGAAACAUCUUAUCAUAUUUAUGCAGAUGACGCAGAAGAAAAAAGUUAUAUUGGCUGGAAAACAGAUACCAAUAACUUUGGCAACGUUCAUGUCCGUAAUGAAGGCCAUGUACACAAUGCUAAUGAUCUUGAAUCCAACCGAUUAGUGAGGACUAAGGGAUGAUUUCACAUACACCAAUACCAGUGAAGUUGGAAUAAUUUAAUAUAAAAUCAAAAUAGAAUUUCUAGUUUGAAAAGGAACUACAUAGCUGCAAUUAAUCCUUGAUAUUUUUCGUGCACUUCAUUCAGUAAAUAAAAAAGUUUCAAUGGCCACCA